ACAAAUAUAUUUUGAAAUUAAAUCCCAAGCUUUCGAAAAUAGAACAGACUUACAAUUUAUAUUUAGUCCCAACUUUUUAGUUGGGAUUAAACUAACAUGCAAAUCAGAUUUGAAAAAUGUUGAAUGAUACGAACAUUGAAGGAACUUCAAUUCAAAGAAAUAAUUAUUCAAUACUGAUAUAUUACAAGCAACCCAUUAGAAUUCUGAAAAUGAAUUAAUCAAGUACGUGAAUUUAUAAAGAAAUAAAUUCUACUAAAUAACAGGUAUAUCUACAAUAUCUAGAAAAUUAAUUUUUAGGAAUUAACAGACAAUAAUAUUUUAAACAAUCCUACAUUUUCGUAAGUUAUGUAUAUACGUUUUAUAAUCAAGGUGAAGUAGCGUAUCGAUCUAUCGAUGAAAUUUCGAUCUACUAGUGCCUCUGGAAAAAAACGGACUUGGCGUUCAUUAAAACAAAUGUUGGCUCAAGAACGCACUUUACCAUGGCCAGCAGAAGUAGUGCAUUAUAGUUCUAUCAAUGCACCGCCAAGCUUUAGGCCAGCAAAGAAAUAUUCCGAUAUUUCUGGACUACCGGCACGAUAUACAGAUCCACAGACUAAAUUAUACUAUGCAACUGCAGAAGAAUUUGCGACAGUCCGAAGUCUACCAAUGGAUAUAACUGCUGGAUAUCUAGCAUUGCGCGGCGCUUCCAGUAUCGUUGGAUAAAUGAAAUAAGAAUUUUAUUUCCUAUAAUUCCCUUAUAUUUAAAUAUUAUAGAACACGGAUAUUUUAUUUUGUAAUCGUUAUCGUAUUUAUUGCAGAAUAAUGAACUAAGUAUAAUGCUGUAAAUUACUUAUGGUGCUGCAAAUGUAAACAAAAAUAUAUCGAGUUCGUAAAGAGACAAAAUAAAGCUGCAUUGACAUUCUUAUAAAAACUUCUUUUUUUACAUACGUAUGUGCUGAGCUCUCUUAAUGGGUUUUCAUGAAAUAAACAAUUCCACAAGUAAUUUAAGUCGUUUUCAUUAUUUUAUCUCCUGCGUAUUAUACACAAGCAAUUAUUGUUAAAAAAGGGUUAUCCAUUAUAACUUAGCGUACGAAUGAUGAGUUAAAGGAUUGGAGAAUCUCUAAAAA